AUGGCUCCGACAGAUGGGAGAGAUAAAGUGAAGGUCCAGAAGUCGGACCACCCCCACUCCUGGGACCCCUGUGUGAACUACUGCCACCCUUCUAACUCCGCCCUCUGCAACACAAGCUCCGCCCUCAAGUCGUGGACCGCCUCCAACAACAACACCAUCACCAGCCUCGACUACUGCAAGACUCUGGUGUCGGCCAGCUUCUCCCCCGGCUCCACCACGCCGUCGGGCCCCAGCAGCCAGAGCUCCAGCACCCUGCCGCGGGCCUCGGCCCCCAUGAGUCCCCGGAACUCGCUGCUCAAGCGGCGGCAGAGGAAGAAAGAGCACAAGAGCUCCCUGUCCCUGGCGUCCAGCUCGGUGGGCCCGGGCGGCCAGGUGGUCCACGUGGAGACCAGCCAGGUGGUCCUGACGGGGGACCCCCUCAACGGCUUCGGCGUCCAGCUGCAGGGGGGAAUAUUCGCCACGGAGACGCUGUCGGCGCCGCCGCUCAUCAGGUUCAUCGAGCCCGACAGCUCGGCAGAGAGGUGUGGCCUGCUGCAGGUGGGGGACCGCCUCCUGUCAAUCAACGGGAUCCCCACGGAGGACGGGACCCUGGAGGAGGCCAAUCAGCUGCUCCGGGACGCGGCGCUGACCAACAAGGUCUCGCUGGAGGCGGAGUUCGACGUGGCAGAGUCCGUGGUGCCCAGUAGCGGAACGUUCCACGUCAAACUGCCCAAGAAAAGAGGGGUGGAGCUGGGGCUGACCAUCAGUGCCAGUAAGAAGUCAGGAGAACCGCUCAUCAUCUCCAACAUCAAGAAGGGCAGCAUGGCCCACAGAACAGGAACCCUGGAGCCGGGUGACAAGCUCCUGGCCAUCGAUAACUUCCGGUUGGACAGCUGCUCCCGGGAAGAGGCGGAGCUUCUGCUUCUGCAGUGCGAGGAGCUCGUGAAGCUGAAGAUCCGCAAAGAUGAAGACAACUCGGACGAGCAGGAGACGUCGGGCAGCAUCAUCUACACGGUGGAGCUGAAGCGGUACGGAGGCCCUCUGGGUAUCACCAUCUCAGGCACCGAGGAGCCCUUUGACCCCAUCACCAUAUCGGGCCUGACCAAGAGAGGCCUGGCCGAGAGGACGGGGGCCAUCCACGUGGGGGAUCGGAUCCUGGCCAUCAACAGUGUCAGCCUGAAGGGGAAGCCGCUGAGCGAAGCCAUCCACCUGCUGCAGAUGGCCGGAGAGACGGUGACCCUGAAGAUCAAGAAGCAGCUGGACACCGUGGAGGACUUGAAGGCGGCGGAGGCCGAGGACACGACGGAGAACGAGCUCAGCGACCCCGAGGAGGACGAGGAUCUGCCGGCCGGCCGGCGGAGCGAGGACAAGGGGGCGGAGCUUUACUCCACCACCGGACCCAGCGUGGACUCGGCCGUGGAGUCCUGGGACGGGUCCGGCUUGGACGCCGGCUACGGCAGCCAGGGUACCUACAACCACCAGGCGGCGGGCAUCGCCCUCCACCCACACGAGUGGCGGAGCGCCAAGCAGCAGCAGCGUGGAGCCACGCCCCCUCCUGGACGACGGAAGAACUUCAGCGACGGAGGCUUCAGUGAGGACGACUGGGACAAACCGCCGGGAUUUACUGGCCAACAACCGGACAGUAUUCUUUUGGAUCCAGAUGACAGCUUCUGGUGUCAGGCGCUGGAGGAUCUGGAGACCUGCGGCCAAUCAGAACUACUCAGAGAGAUCGAGGCCUCCAUCAUGACAGGAACAGCCAUCAGUUUGGGGGUGGAUGGCGUCAACAAGCCUCCCGCUGAGCAGAGUCACGGCAGGAUGAGCCCGUUGCGGAGGAACUCUCUGCUCCACCAGGGAGCCCACCUGCACCAGGGAGCCCAUCUGCACCAGGGCCCCCACCUGCACGAGGAGGCCCACCUGCACGAGGAGGCCCAACUCCACCAAGAUAUCCACCUGCUCCAGGAGGCCCAUUACAACCACGAGGCCCAGCUGCUCCACGAGGCCCACCUGCACCACGAGGCCCACCUGCACCACGGGGCCCACCUGCACCAAGACGGCCACUCUCCCCUCCUGCACCACGACCCCAAGUCCAAGGCCUCUCUGCGGGUGUCCGAGAGGACGUGGGAGUCCCGUCGGAUCAAAGAGGAGAUGCAGGGCAUCCUGUCCCCGACGCCGCUGGAGCUGCACAAGGUGACGGUGGUGAAGGACCCCGAGAUCGACGACUUCGGCUUCAGCGUGUCGGACGGCUUCUUGGAGAAAGGCGUCUACGUCAACAUGAUCCGCCCCGACGGGCCGGCCGACCGCGCCGGGCUCCGCCCCUACGACCGGAUCCUGCAGGUGAACCACGUGAGGACGAGGGACUUCGACUGCUGCCUGGCGGUGCCGCUGAUCACGGAGGCCGGGGACCGGCUGGAGCUCGUUAUCAGCCGCAACCCGCUGGCCAACGACGAAGACACAGAGGACAAUAACAACACUUUAGACCACCCGUUAGACCUGUAGCACACACACACACACACACACCAGCGGCUACAAUAAUUAUAAUUAAACAAAGAGACUCACACACACACACUACUGGGACCGCGGAAGUCGUCCCAACAUAAACAACUUAGUUGGCGCGCUAACCGCCCGUUAGCCGGGGACUCUCUAACUGCUGUUUUCACUGCAAACAAAUGGCUAAAAGGAGCUACACGUUGGGUUCGGCUGUUUUUAAUGUCGGGCCGCCGGUUUCUCGGCGUCUCUGGUACUUAAGACGCAAUAUUGUACAUGAUUAAAAAAAGAAACUGCC